CCGUCCUGUGUCGCUGGUUCGACUACUCUUUUCAUAUUUGUUCCUUGUUUCUUGGAUUGUAUUCAGCCAUAAACCCUAGCUCAGAUCGAGAUUAGAUUUAGUUUGCAAAGAAAGGGAUGGUUGCAAGUUUCAAUCCAUUUGCAGUGGUCUCUUGUUAUUGUUAGUCUGAAACUCUGAAUAAUUGCAAGUUUCAAUUCAGGAAACAACUGUCAAGAAUGCAUUCAGAAUGCAGCAGCACAAUUAUUGAUUCUCACUCAGCAGCAGCAAGCGUCCACGGCCACGCUUUUGGCGGAUGGUCACCUGGUGUUCUUGGAGCUAGUUAGCUAUCUGUAGUUUUUUAGAGGACCAAGACUUGUCCGGCUAGUGGGAAUCUCAGAAAUGGAGGUUACAGAAUGGUGUGCUGGGAGCUCGUAGCUCGGUGCGGGCAGGAUUUUCUUUCCGUUACGCCUUUUCAUUUUGAUCUGCAUUUUUCUUGCCAGAGUGUUCAUACUCCAUCUCCAUUACCCAAAAUUUUGUAACCGUGACUCCAUGUUUAUAUCGAUGGAAAUGUUUGUCGCAUGCUUGUGAAGAGAUUAGUCAAUAGAUAAAGUCAGAAUGCAUUCAGAAUGCAUGCCAUGGAGAUUGCAAGAAGCUGUUGAACUAAUCUCAUGUAACCUGAAUCUGAGCUUGAGUUCUAAAUGGGCAUAGCAGUGCAGGACGGUGUUUAUCAUUUUUCAAUGCUUCUAGCAAUAGUUUAUUUCCUCUACAUCAUUCCAUAACUAAUGUGCUAUCUGGAGUUGCAGCAUCUGAUCUGAAUUUAUCUGAAUUUGCACCUUUAAAAUAUAUGCAUUGUUUAACAUUGCAAAUGAUGUCAUCAUUCUCUAUUUCAGGAUAACCUGGAUGGUGAAGAGCAAUCUUUACAAGUACCUACUGCAAUGUCCUUAGAAGAGAGCAAUCAAAGAAUCAAUAGGUUAAUUGCCAUGCACAAAAUGUUAUCAGAAGCAAAUAAGGCAUCAUUGUCGUGCCAAGUGGAGAAGCAAAAGAGGUCAACUUCAGCAGUUAAUGCCAUCUCAACUGCAGCAGAUCAACUUCAGCAGUUAACUAGCUCUCCCACUCCGAUCUCUCCAGUUCAAAAGAGAAGCAAAAGAGUUGGGUCAAAAAAUCACUUGUUUGGAAGCAUUUUGAUACAGGAUUGAGGGGCCAGGAUCCUAUUGCAACAUGCAAAUAUUGCGGGCAAGUAUAUGCUUGUGAUAGAUCAACUCAUGGAACCAGCACCCUAUGUCACCAUCUAAGGUUCUUAUGCCCGCAAGACCCACUCAAGGGCCAGGACUUGCAAAGGAAGAAGGGUUGCAGAUCAUAAAGGAGAAACUCUAGGGAAAAGGGUUGAAGAAUGUUUGUUGGACUGGGGUAUUGAUCGAAUAUUCACGAUCACGGUUGACAAUGCAUCUUCCAAUGACAAGUUAAUUGAAUACAUGAAGGGAGUAUACAAAGAUUGGAAUGGAGUUGUGUUAAAAACAAAUUUCUUCAUGUGAGGUGUUGCGCUCAUAUAGUCAACCUAGUUAUGAAGAGUGGACUGGAAGAACACAAUGACUCUGUCGAAAGAAUAAGAACAGCAGUAAAAUUUGUGAGGUCUUCACCAUCAAGAUUGAAGAUUUUCAAGAAAUGUGCAGAAUUAGAAAAGAUAUCAACCAGAAGUCUUUUGUCCUUAGAUCUGGAGACGAGGUCGAAUGCUACCUACCUUAUGUUGGAAAAUGCAGAAAAGUUCGAGAAGGCUUUUGCAAGACUGGAUAAAGUUCACAGACCUUUCAGAGCUUAUUUUGCCAACAACGAUCCUCCCACUGCAGAUGAUUGGCAAACUGCAAGGCACAUAUUGUGUUUCUUGAAACUAUUUGAAAAGAGUUGGCUUCGAACAUCACAAAGCAAAUUAAGUGAAAGAGGAGCCGCUGAAGAGGUCCAGGCAUACGAGGAGAUUAGAGAAGGUAUAGAUAGCCAACACCACGAUUUCACUACGUUUGAAGCAUAGUCAUUUCAUGGAAGUAUGAAGAAAAGAGACCAGAGAAAUUAGGUGAUUAUUUAGUUUUGCUUGCCUUUGCAUCUGUUACAUAGUUUUGCAUCUUUAAAUU